UUAUUAAGAACCCCCAUGCCAUUUUCCUUCUCUCUCAUCUCAUUUCAUUUCCAUUCAUUUUGAGAUCGACUAAGCAGAUGGGAGCUUGUGCCACUAAGCCCAAGGUUCUUCAGCUUCAUUCCCGCCAGUCUCCGGAGCCUCCUCCGGCCGCCGAAACUAAACGGGACACCGCGGAUAUCGUGGAUGAUCACAAGAACGAAGGUAAGGAGAAGGCGGCGGCAGCAGCAGAGACCCCACCGGAAACUGAAACUGAAAAAGAAACCAACCCACCGGAGCCGCCACCCUCCGAUGAUGUAACAGACAAGACAACGGUGGUGGAAACUCCAUGUGAGACAAAGAAGGAAAAUAACCCAACAAAUUGGGAAGCAGAGAAAGAAGUUAAGGUAAUUAAUUAGCAGCAAUUAAGAUUAAGAAACUUGGUGUCUCAUUUAUUCUUCCAUGCUUUUUGUUGUUUUUUUUUGUGUUUCAAUUUUCAUA